UUGCAAGCCCUGAUCGCCAGGCAGCCCACGACGGUAGCGCGUGCGCAGUCUCUCGCCACGGGACCUCCUUCCCGCCGCUGAGACUAGGAAGCGGGACACCAAAUCUGUCCCCGCGCAGCCGCCGCCGCCGGGCGCAGAGCGGGGUGGCCGCCCUGCCUGAGGCGCGCCUGCGCACGUCCCCACGCACGCUCCGGCGUACGGCGGCGGCCAGGGGUCGCGAGCCGGUGGAGGACCCGCGCGCGGAGGAGCUCGAGGAGUCAGCGCUUCUUCCCUCCCUCCCCUACUCCCCUCCCCGCUCCCUGCCCCCCCCUCCCCAAGAAUGUUCCGCUACGAGUCUUUGGAGGAUUGUCCUCUGGAUGAAGAUGAAGAUGCAUUUCAGGGACUUGGAGAAGAAGAUGAAGAAAUUGAUCAAUUCAAUGAUGAUACAUUUGGGUCAGGUGCAGUUGAUGAUGAUUGGCAGGAAGCACAUGAGCGCCUGGCUGAAUUGGAAGAAAAGCUACCAGUGGCAGUUAAUGAACAAACAGGCAAUGGAGAGAGAGAUGAAAUGGAUUUGUUGGGUGACCAUGAGGAGAAUCUGGCAGAAAGGCUCAGUAAGAUGGUGAUUGAAAAUGAACUAGAAGAUCCAGCUAUCAUGAGGGCAGUGCAGACCAGGCCAGUUUUACAACCCCAACCAGGAAGUCUGAAUUCCAGUAUCUGGGAUGGAUCUGAAGUUCUGAGGCGAAUCCGAGGACCGCUGCUUGCUCAGGAAAUGCCUACAGUUUCUGUAUUAGAAUAUGCCUUGCCUCAGAGGCCCCCCCAGGGUCCAGAAGAUGAUCGGGACCUUUCUGAACGUGCAUUACCAAGGCGGUCAACUUCACCUAUCAUUGGGAGUCCUCCUGUUAGAGCUGUCCCCAUAGGCACCCCACCUAAGCAGAUGGCUGUACCCAGCUUCACCCAACAGAUUCUGUGUCCGAAGCCCGUCCAUGUUCGGCCCCCAAUGCCACCGCGUUAUCCUGCUCCCUAUGGUGAGAGGAUGUCUCCAAACCAGCUCUGCAGUGUUUCGAACUCUUCCCUCCUGGGUCACCCUUUUCCUCCAAGCGUUCCUCCUGUUCUCAGCCCCCUUCAGAGAGCACAGCUUCUUGGAGGAGCACAGCUACAGCCUGGACGGAUGUCUCCCAGCCAGUUUGCACGGGUCCCUGGAUUUGUUGGUAGUCCACUUGCUGCCAUGAAUCCCAAGUUGCUGCAAGGGCGAGUUGGGCAGAUGCUUCCCCCAGCACCAGGCUUCCGUGCCUUCUUUAGUGCUCCACCCUCUGCUACACCACCUCCACAGCAGCACCCUCCUGGUCCAGGACCUCACCUGCAAAACCUAAGAUCUCAGGCUCCAAUGUUUAGACCAGACACAACUCACCUUCAUCCACAGCACCGUCGACUCUUGCAUCAAAGACAGCAACAGAAUAGAAAUCAGCAUCGGAAUCUCAAUGGUGCAGGAGAUAGAGGAAGUCACCGGAGCAGUCAUCAAGAUCAUCUCCGAAAGGAUCCAUAUGCCAAUCUCAUGUUGCAGAGGGAAAAGGAUUGGGUCUCUAAAAUCCAGAUGAUGCAACUGCAAAGCACUGAUCCCUACCUGGAUGAUUUUUAUUACCAGAAUUACUUCGAAAAACUGGAGAAACUGUCAGCUGCUGAAGAAAUACAACGUGAUGGCCCUAAAAAGGAGCGCACCAAGCUUAUCACCCCUCAGGUGGCCAAACUGGAGCACGCCUAUAAGCCGGUACAAUUUGAGGGCUCUUUGGGAAAGCUUACUGUUUCUAGUGUGAAUAAUCCCCGAAAAAUGAUUGAUGCUGUUGUGACAUCUCGGAGUGAGGAUGAUGAGACGAAAGAAAAACAAGUUCGAGACAAGAGGAGAAAAACCCUUGUCAUAAUUGAGAAAACUUACAGUUUACUCCUUGAUGUAGAGGACUAUGAAAGACGUUAUCUCCUAAGUCUAGAAGAAGAGCGACCUGCCCUAAUGGAUGAGAGAAAGCACAAAAUUUGUAGCAUGUAUGACAACUUAAGGGGGAAAUUGCCUGGACAAGAGAGGCCUAGCGAUGACCACUUUGUACAGAUCAUGUGUAUCCGAAAAGGGAAGAGAAUGGUUGCCCGUAUUCUUCCUUUCCUCUCCACAGAGCAAGCAGCUGACAUUCUCAUGACAACAGCCAGGAACCUCCCUUUCCUUAUCAAGAAGGAUGCACAAGAUGAGGUGCUGCCAUGCUUACUGAGUCCCUUCUCUCUCCUCCUCUAUCAUCUUCCAUCAGUGACUAUCACCAGCCUUUUGCAACAGCUAAUGAACCUACCUCAAAGUGCAGCUACACCAGCACCCUCCAAUCCUCACCUCACUGCUGUGCUCCAGAACAAGUUUGGCCUAUCGCUGCUCCUUGUCCUCCUGAGCCGUGGGGAAGACCUACAGAGUUCAGACCCUGCUACAGAAUCAACGCGAAAUAAUCAGUGGACGGAGGUGAUGUUUAUGGCAACACGAGAACUUCUACGGAUUCCCCAAGCAGCCCUGGCCAAGCCAAUCUCUAUACCUACAAACCUAGUGUCCCUCUUUUCUCGCUAUGUUGACCAGCAGAAACUGAACUUGCUGGAGACAAAACUGCAGCUAGUUCAGGGGAUACGAUAGAAGAUCUCCAGAUGUGUCCUGUACCUCCUUUUGGCUGUCACCUGCACUGCUGCCAUCACCAAUGGAGUGUUUUUAAUGAGGGAGGGAAGGUAGCUUAUUUCCCCAAAGCAAAGUCUUAUGGGAUUGAUUCCUGUUUACAGGGGUUGUCUCUAAAUGUCAGAUAUUUCCCCACUGCUCUGUGAAAUUUGGCUGGGUGAUACUUCUGCUGGUUUCUUCUUUACCUUCUAUGUUACAGUUCUGCAUGUUCUACUUUUACUGAGUUCUUCUCAAUUUCACAUUUUCUUUGCCCUGGACACACAAAUGUAAUCUCUCCCUUUAUCCCACCACUACUCCAGCUCAGAGUAGAUUGUAGCCUGCCAAAGGAUUCCUUCCCUCAUCCUAUUGAAGUUGUUUUCUCAUUGCCCACUAUUAAUAUGACUAUAGGAGAGCCAGUUAAGUAGAAAUCAAGAUAUACACACAUGCGUAGAUACACAAACACACCCCCCAUACAUGUAUUUAUGUGGUCUUCAGAGGGUCCUUAAACAAUUUUAGAUUGAAAAGUAUUUAAUUGUCUCAUUACCUCUAAAAACACAAACCAGCUGAUGUGUUUUAAUCUGUUUCUGUUCUAUCUUGUAAUUAAUUUGGUGGGUUUUACUUGUUUUAACAUAAAUAAAGAAUAUGCAGCACGUUUAAUAAAGUCAGAACUCUUAAUUGGCUUAUGCCCAGGUCUAGGCUGAGAAGUCCUUUUUCUUCUUCCCACCUUUUUUUCCUUAGUUUCUCUCCACCUUCAUGGAAACAGCACAUGGUUAUGCCUUUUUCCUGCUACAACUGCUGUGUACUUGAGCCUUUCCCCUCAAGUGCUUUCGAAGUCACCCAGGAUGGUCCUCACUAGUAGCCUGCUUUGGCAGUGUGGCUUUCUGCACACUUGCCCUGUCUUCCUGAGACUACUUCAGCAAGCCAUGCUUUACUUCUUUCUUCCCUAGUUUUAUUUGCUGUCAUGAAUAGAACCUUCAAAAUGUAACCAUGGAAGCUAAGUUUGGCCUGCUUUGCUUUUUAGACUCCACACCAUGGGCAGAACUGCUGUCCUUGCUGCUUCAUCUCACCCAAGUCCCAUUCCCAGGCAGCCAGGGGCCUAAGUUUGAAUAACUGCAGGGCCAGCCUGCCAUGAUUCUUUCUCAUUUACUCCUCUCUCAUUCAGCAAUCAACCAGACUAAGGGGUUUUGAUCCCUAGUGAUUACAGCCCUGAAGAAAAUUAAAUCUGAAUUAAUUUUACAUGGCCUUCCUGAUCUACUUUCUGCUGUUCUUACCUUUUCGAAUGUAGUUGGGGGGUGGGGGGAAUAGGUUAUGAUAUUUAAAGAGAAUAAACAUUUUGCACAUACAUGUAUUGUACAACAGUAAGAUCCUCUGUUAAAACCAGCUGUCCUUGUUCUCCAUCUCCAUUUCUUCCCAUGUUGUAGCCCCAGACUCCACCAGCUGUUCCCCUGACGUUACCUAGCUUCCCUCCACCGUUAUCUACUGACCAUUUCCACUACACGCCUUUCCUACCUUCCCUUCACAGCCAGUCAAGUGAAUACUUGAUUAUUAUCUCUUCCUUACUGUGCUUUAUCUUUUUUGUUUGGUUCUAAUUAAUGAAAAUAAAAGUUUCUAAAUUUACAUUUUUAUAGGGUAUUGUAAAUAAAAACAAAUUGUAUACUUAAAAA